GUCUCCAAAACAGCCGAGGGACUUAUAAAUGUAAAGACGUUUCACAGGUUAUGGCAACUUCACUUCUUGGGGAGGAACCGAGGGUUGGAUCCACUCCAUUGGCCAUGUUAGCAGCAACCUGUAACAAAAUUGGAAGCUCGAGUCCCUCUUCGGACGGCGGCUCGUUUGGAAAAGGAGGUUUUCACCCGUGGAAGCGCGCAGCGCCCAGCAGCUGUUCGCUCUCCCCGUUCGGCGCGCAGCGGAACGACUCGUUCAGCGCCAACAGCUCGUUCUCCUUAACGGGCAGCAACGCCUCCACCAGUCCGUUUGGAAACGACUAUCCCGUGUUUCAAACUUCAGUCGCCAACAGUUCUCAGGACGCAAGCGCGCAGUCGGUGUUCAUCUCCAAAGUGGACACCCUGCAGGGAAUUUACCCGAGGAUGAGCGUCGCGCACCCGUACGAGACGUGGUUCAAAUCCGCGCACGCUGGCAUCUCCGCCGGGGACGUGAGCGCUGGUGGCGGCUCCUCCUGGUGGGAUGUGGGCACCGGCUGGAUAGACGUUCAAAGCGCGAACGGCGCUGCGCUCCAGACCUCUUUGCAUUCACCCUUGGGCGGGUACAACUCAGACUAUUCCUCCCUCACUCACUCCGCGUUCAGCGCUAGCCCAUCUCCGCAUCUCCUCGCAGGUGGCCAGCACCUGAUGGACGGAUUCAAACCGGUUUUAUCCGCCACCUACCCAGAAACCAGCCCAGGUACUAACGGCGGAGUUUUAGCCGGGUCUCCGGUGGUACCGCUCACCGGGUCUCCGCGCUCAUCCACCAGGCGGUACUCGGGGAGAGCGACCUGCGACUGUCCGAACUGUCAGGAGGCAGAGCGGCUGGGGCCCGCGGGGGCCAGUUUGCGCAGAAAGGGGCUCCACAGCUGCCAUAUCCCCGGCUGCGGGAAGGUAUACGGAAAGACAUCGCACCUCAAAGCGCAUUUGCGUUGGCACACCGGCGAGAGGCCGUUCGUCUGUAACUGGCUCUUCUGCGGGAAGCGCUUCACCAGGUCCGACGAGCUCCAGCGGCAUUUACGCACACACACCGGGGAAAAGAGAUUCGCCUGUCCGGUGUGCAACAAGCGCUUCAUGCGCAGCGACCAUCUCAGUAAGCACGUGAAAACGCACAGCGCCGGCGAGCCCGGCUCCAACGGGGUUAAAAAGGGCAGCGAUACCGACAGCGAACAGAGUGUACCGGGCAGCCCAGCCUGCCAGUCACCGGAAAUGACCCACAACACAGAACCCGUCCAGAACGGCCUUUGAAAAGAACUAGAGAACAUGCGUUCUUAAAGGUUCUAAUUAGAGCCAAAAAAAAAACAAACUUUAAAUUCCCAAAUUCCUUAGAAAACGAGUCUGGUACUUUAAAGAACCUAAAACACUGACUUUAAGAAAUUAUAAAACAUGAAAGAAUCAUGAACACUCUUAAAAAUAAACCUUUAAAUAUUUUUUGGGUUCCUCAAAGAACCUUUCAUUGAAAAGUUCUUAAAAGCAAUUUUUCCUUAAUGUAAAGAACGUUUUUAAAAAUCUAAAGAUUUUUUUUAUUAUUAUAACAUUUGCGUAACAAACGUUAAACGUUCUUUAUGGAGAAUCAUUUAUGCCAAUAACAAACUUUAUUUUUAAGUGUGUAGCAACUCGAGAACUCUAUACAGAGAGUGGUUCUUGGUCAUUUUUGGUCUUCAAAGAAUCAGAGAUGUUUAUUAAAAAGCCUUUAUUUUUAAGAGUGUUCACUUGUGAAAGAAAAAAAACUCCCCAUUUAUAACAUUUUGCGUAACAAACGUUAGACGUUCUUUACGGAGAAACGUUUAGGCCAAUAAAGAACUUUAUUUUUAAGAGUGCAUCAACUCCAGAACUCUAUACAGAAAGUGGUUCUUGUCAUUUUUGGUCUUCAGAGAAUCAGAAAUGUUCAUUAAAGAGCUUUUUAAGAGUGUUCACUUGUGAACGCACUAUUUUCCUCGCGCAAAGGCCAGUGAGUUUAUCAGACGCCAAUUUUGAUCACAUUUGACUCUCAGGUGUUCUUGGAUAUUUAAACUAGUCCUUUUUGGAUACAGUGGAAAAAAAUAACCUCGUAAUAGAUAGAGAUGAAACAAACUGCUGAACUUUGAUAUUUGCGCUGCAUCUACAGAUCCAUUCACUCAUGUCUAUUGAGGCACUUUAUUACUUAAAUGACAGAAUCAAGGAUUUUAUGUCUCAGCGGCUGCACAAAUGUCUUAUUAUUCUGUAUUUGCCAACUGAACUGUUUUAUUUUGUGCUCCUUGAUGUCCAGUCUAUAAUAAAACGCCUCAUCUGGAGAUGAAAGUGCGUUUUUUGUACAUUAGUCGUGCAGUUGAUAUCUGAACUCUUCUCAAUGCAGAGUGGAAUUUGUACAUAGGAUUGUCUUGAAACUCUAUUUAUCAUCGAGUUUGAUUUUGUGCUUUGAAGUCUAUCAGAGUCGCACUUUGAAUCUAUAUUUAUAAUUUCACGAUCGAAUCGACUCGAUCGGUUUGUUUAUCUUUUGUUUUAUUAUUAUUUAAUUGAGCAUGUGUGU